UUUCUCCAACCCUCACCAUUCGGUGCUCUCAUUCCAAGGGAAAAACAAAAUAUUAAAGAUUCCUCUUCACCUCCUCCCUGAACUCUCCGGAUCAAAACUCUUCUGCGACCAUGGCCGAUGAAAAUCCCCAAUCCCAGCAACAUCUAGCUACCCGGGAAAAUGAACGAGGGCUCAUGUACCUGGGAUUCGUGCAAGUGGCUGCUAUUCAGGCCCUUAUGAGCUUCUCCAUCCUCUAUGCCUAUGCUAGGGAACAUGCUGGCCCCCUCAAGCCCGGCGUCGAGAGCGUAGAGGGAACCGUCAAAAGCGUGGUUCGACCUGUGUACGAUAAAUUUCGUGACGUCCCUGUCGAAGUCCUCAAAUACGUUGAUCGUAAGGUGGGAGAAUCUUUGACUGAGCUGGAUCGCCGCGUGCCUACUAACAUCAAGAAGGCAUCGGCCCAAGUCUUGACAGUGGCUCAAAAGGUUCCGGAGGCGGCUCGAACCUUGGUUUCUGAAGUCAGACGAGCUGGCGUGGUAGAUACUGCGUCGGGUUUGGCUAAGUCGGUUUACUUCAAGUACGAGCCUACAGCCGAGGAGCUGUAUGCAAAGUAUGAGCCGAAGGCUGAGCAGUGCGCUGUGUCGGCAUGGCAGAAGUUGAACAAGCUGCCGUUGUUCCCGCAAGUUGCUAAUGUUGUUAUUCCACCGGCAGCCUUCUGUACGGACAAGUAUAACGAGACUGUUGUUUAUGCCGCUCAGAAGGGUUAUAGAGUUUCGGCCUACCUGCCAUUGGUGCCUACAGAGAAGAUUGCAAGGAUAUUCGGUGAAAACAGAGCAUGAUAUUUCUUUGGUGGUUGUUAUCUUUGAAAAAAUGUGAGGGAUUGUGUAUGCUUUAGUAGCUGUGUUUUCCGUGGUUUCUUUCUGCUGUGUACCGUUUAAGUUGUUAAACCGGGAUGCAGCUAUUUUGUUUCCCGGUUCUGCUGUAAAGAGUGUUUAGGUGAAUAGGUUGUGACUGGUGGCUUAACAACAGCGUGAUGGUUGAGUUGAUAUGGCUAAUCUCUUCUCCCGUGUUGCGAUGCUUUCAGUUAAAGACCAAA